AUGUCAUAUAUUUCUUCAUUAAAUUUACUUGGAGACGAUUCGCCUGUACCUCUUUCCGAAGAAGCCCUCAGUGAGGAGCUUGCCAUCUGGGCUAAUGCUCAAUUCACAUUUGAUACAAAGCCUGGCCAAGCUAUUGCGGAUGAUUCCUACAAGGCUGUUGCUGAACAACAUGGUCUUUUUGCAACAUUUGCUGGCUUAAAUGAUUUGCAACCACAAAACAACAAUUUGAUGAACACUUAUUUGAAUAACAACAAUUACUUACUACCCUCUACAUCUUCCUCUGUAAAAUCCAUUCAACCUACACCACAACCACAACCACAACAGCUCCAAUCUCAAUUAUUACCAAGAAUAGCACCCGCACCACUCCAACAACAACAACAACAACCACAAACCCAAUCUCCCAUUCAACAAAACCACAACACACCCUCUGCUCCUUCCAAGAAACGCAAAGCAUCGAUAGCUAUCAAAGAUUCAAAAGACGAGGAACACACGGAUGCUAUUGAAGAAGACAAGAGAAAGCGAAACACAGCUGCGUCUGCUAGAUUCCGUAUGAAAAAGAAAUUAAGGGAGCAAGCUUUAGAGCAAACAGCUAAAGAGAUGACUAUCAAAGCCGAAGCACUCGAAAAGAGAGUCAUUGAGCUAGAAAAAGAAGCCAAAUGGUUGCGUGCGCUUGUGGUUGAAAAGGAUCCUGCUUUAUUGAAUACAGAGUAA